GUAGCUUUCUCAAAUUCUUACAGAGAGUUCACACCGUCUCACAUUCCUGUCUGUCUCUCCAAGGACUCGCAUCUCUCCAUAUGGAUUUCUCUAACUUUUGGCUGCCUUUGCUCAUUUUGUCCGCUCUCGGAUGCUGCUCCGAGGGAGGUCUGCUUGUCAUGGAAAAAAUGAACAGCGUUGUCGCUAAAAAUGUGACCUUCAAGACAACAAUCACCUCAACGCAGGAUUUUGUAACCAUAAUAUGGAAUUUCAAAAAUGUUAAAGAACUUAAACCAAUAAUCACAAACAUUCCAUCAUCAAACACCGAAGACAUUGAUGAGAAAUACACUGGCAGAGUCAUCUACAAUAAGACGACGUGUGAGCUUCAGCUCGGGCCGCUGGUGAAGGAGGAUGAAGGGGAAUAUACUCUCAGUCUAGUCACUCCCAAGGGAAAACAACUGAAUGGACGGAUUGAUCUCGUGGUUCUUGAACCCAUAACUGACGUUAAGAUUUCAUCGAAUGUACCUGAAGCAGUAGAGUUCAACAGCACCGUGGUUCUUACCUGCUCUGCCAAAGGCUCCUUUACAUACAAGUGGAUGAACGGUUCAGACCCUUUGGUGGUGGAUGGCACGCGUGUACAGCUAAACGCAGCUGGCAAUGUGUUAAAUAUUGCUGAAGUUCGCCGUACAGAUCUGCGAGGACCCAUCUUCUGCAUUGCAGAGAACGCAGUGGAGUCAGGGACGAGCUCUCCCUUCAAUCUCACUGUGAUCUAUGGCCCAGAGAAAAUCGCCAUGACACAAACGCCAACAGAUUCAUUUCUUAAGAAAGGCUCUAACUUAACACUGGCAUGCUCUGCCCAGUCUGACCCUCCUGCUCAGCUCAAGUGGAUGUUUAAUGGGGGGGAGAUGCCUCUGAAGACCACAGCCAGCAUUACCCUCACCAAUGUAGAUGAAACAAACAGUGGAAACUAUAGCUGUGUGGCCUACAAUGCGAAGACUAACCGCUACAUUUCAUCGCCGGUUGCUGUGGUGUCUGUUCUGGAGGCCUUAUCUGGUACAAAUAUCUCCAGCUCCUCAUCACUUCUCAUCGCUGGCAUCAGCACGGUCAACAUCUCCUGUUCGGCAGCCACUGGAAAAGCCGAAAGUGUGGAAUGGCUGAAGGACAACAAACCUCUGGUUCCUGGUGACCGUGUCAUUCUCUCAGCCGACAAGAAAACUCUGACCAUCGUUAAAGUUGUUAGAGAGGAUGCAGGCGACUACAAGUGCCAGCUGAAGAACAAAGUCAACCAAGACGAAAGCACCUAUAAGAUGGUCAUCAUCUAUGGUCCAGAGAACGUGAAGGUUGAUGGGAAGAGAAAUGUGAAGUUUGAAGAACUUGUAAAAAUAACCUGCUCUGCAGAGUCUGUUCCUCCCAGUAUAUACUCAUGGAAACACAAUGGUACAGCGAUGAACUCCAGCAAUGCAGUCAUUACAAUUAACAAGGCUAAGAUCACGAACAGUGGCCUGUACACCUGCGAGGCAUUCAACCCCAUCACGAGAAUGAUUAACUCAGCGACUCACACACUUGCAGUCACAGAGGUCGGUGAGGUAGACAAGGCCCUGUCUGGAGGAGCGAUCGCUGGGAUUGUAAUUGGUGUGCUUGUGGUCGUGCUCAUCAUCGUUUACAUUAUAAAGCGCAAGAGAAAAACAGAUAUUUCAUCUCCGUAUUAAAGUGAGACCUGGCGGUGAAUUGACCUGGUAAGUGCAUAGCAUCUUUUGUUUCGGUACAGCAGGCUAACAUUAUUUA